AUGGAACAAUCAAUCAUGAAAGAUAAUGAUGGAUCAAGUAGAAAACGGUCGCCAAAAUAUGAGGAAAUUUAUGAUCACUAUCCUCUGGAGUCUUUCCUUCAUCAUACGUGGAAGAAGAUAUUUGUAGUAUCAUGUCUGUUUGCUGUUCUACUGGAUCCAUUAUUUCUCUACGUUCCGAUGAUGAAGGAUGAUAUCAAGUGCCUGCAAUCUGACAGAAACUUGAAGAUAGCCGCUCUUCUUUUAAGAUCAUUCACUGAUCUUUUCUAUAUAUAUGACAUUAUUGUUCAAGUUUAUACAUCUGGCAACUUUAUGGGUUUCAUUGAGGAGUAUCAUCGCAGACAGCACUCGUUAGCUUCUGAAUGUGCCAGAGACUACCCGGAAAUAGCUAAGACAAUGACGGGGUCGUAUGUCAUCUUAAUUGACAUUUUGGCUAUUCUUCCGCUUCCACAAGUCGCAAUUCUCAUUUUCUUUUCAAAAAUGAGGGAUUUGAGAUCUUUGGACACAAUAAGGAUGGUUAUCAUGAACCUUUUUGUUAUAUUACAAUAUGUGCCACGACUUCUUCGCACCUAUCUCUCAUGUAAGGAAUUUAAAAUGACUCUUAAAGGAGAUAUUAGAGGGACUCCCAUGUGGCUUAAAGGUGUCUUGAAUUUCUUUAUGUACAUCCUUGCUAGUCAUGUAUUUGGUGCAAUAUGGUACUUUUUCGCUAUUCAACGAGUGGGCAUUUGUUGGCGUGACUCAUGUCGAAAAGAAAAUGGAUGUAGCGCUAGUACUUUUAGUUGUCAUGACCAUCACACAUUCAGAAAUAUCGCAUUUCUUAAUGAUUUAUGCCCUAUGAGCCCAACGAAUGCAACACGCUUUGAUUUUGGUAUAUAUGCCAAAGUCCUUCAAUCUGGUAUAUCGGGGUCAACCAAUUAUUUUCAAAAGUUCUCAUAUUGUUUUUGGUUGGGCUUGCGACAUUUAAGUUCUCUUGGUUCAAACCUGGAGCCUAGUAUCGAUGGAUGGGAAAACCUCUUUGCGGCCUUUAUUUCUAUAAUUGGCUUGCUCUUAUUCUUAUAUCUCAUUGGAAAUUUGCAGACAUACAUGCAGUUGGAUACAGCAAGAAUACAGGCGUAUAGACACAAUAUGAAAGUGAAACAAGAGAUGGAAAAGAAAGAUAAUGAGAUAGAGUUGUGGUUAUCUAAAAAUGGCAUCCCCAAAAACUUGAUUAAUGAUAUCAAGUCCAAGAUCAUGAACAAAGUACGACAAGAACUUGAAGAAAACAGGGAUGCUGAUAUGGACAAGAUCUUCUCUAAUCUUCCCUCGAAUCUUCAGAACCAAAUUAUGGAUUAUAUGCAGACACCAGAUGAAAGUGGAACGGAAGAUGGAAGAGACGGAGUUGUGGUUAUCUAA